AUGAUUUAGUUUAUGACAAAUCAUUAAAUAAUAAUAAAAUCUAUGUUAGUAUCUCCUUCAAGACGAUUAUUCAAGAAAGACACCAAAUCUAUGAAACCUUCAAUGUUUUUGAAUGAAUUUAACAUAUCUUCAUUGUCUUAAUUAAUGACAGUAAAAAAAGAAGUCAAGAUGAAUUCAACAAGAAAUAUAGAAAACUUUGGAUCAGUAACUUAAGUCAAUGAAAUUUUAGAAAAUGAAGGCAUAUUACUUCUACCUUUUGUAGAAGAGAAACAAAAAAUUCGAUUUAUUAAACCAACAUCCAAUCCAAAACAAUCUCUCACCAGUAGAAAAGUAAUAAUAACUUAAUCUGAUUCUAAUUCACCACUUACAAAAUCAGAUAUCUAUUUACCAAUAAUCAAUUCAAUACCAACUUCUCCUACUAAGUUUUAAAUUCCAAAUCACAAAAGGCAUUUGACAAAUAUAGAUGAAUAACAGAAAAAAGUAGAAUUCAGAAAGUCUAUAUAAGUAAUUGAUUUUGUUAAUAAUAUUAUUACAAAAGAUGUGAUAGAUGGAAGUGUUAAACCAUUAACAAAAAAAUUAUAGAGAUAACAAACAAAAAUGAUAAGAAAGAUAUGAG